AGUAUUAAAAAGAUGAUUUUCUGUUUAAUCAGUCAAAAAUGAGAAAGGGAUAACCUCAAGAGACUGUCACAGGCACUUUGAAAAACCAUUGCAGGAUAAAUUGGUUGACGGAGAAGGAAUGAAGCCAGCUGUGCCCUUGAACCGCUCCAGGCCACAAAAGCAUGCAGGAUUCACAGUCCAUGCAACAGAGCCAAAGGGAAAUAAGAACUAUAAAUGGACAUCCAAAACAUUUCCAGACAUUAAUGUCAGAAUGGGGACUGAUAGUCAAUCCGAGCAUGAACAGCCUUCCGCACAUCAAAGUGAGCAAACUUGCUACGAUUAUGAAUAUGUCACUUCCUCCAGUCUAGAAGAUUUACGGCAGUUGAAAAUCCUUCCUGCUAAGCCAAUGGUUAUGCAAUCAGUUUAUGCAGAUAAGCGGUGUUUACCGGCAAGACCACCCCCACGAUCACCAAAUAAUGGCCAACCAUUAGACCACAGACCCCAAGCAGCCUUCAGACAGCAAUCAAUGGUGAAUGUACAACCCAGCACACAGCACAAGAGCAACAAUAUGCAAAGACACAAGAAAAAUGUUGAUAGCUACACAGGUUUUGGAGUUCAAGGCCCAGCUGUUGACAGAACUGUCAAGCCAGUCACAACUCUGAAAACCACUUCCCAGGCUUCAGAAAAAGAAUCCAUUCUUGAUUCCAAGCAAACAGCAACACCACCGCCACGCAGACCUCCUAAGAGUAUCCCCAAAGAAUUCAAAGAACUUCCUCCAGAACCAAGUCACGCACACAGUUUCUUGAGAUCUGACAACAUUCUGCACUCUAUAAACGAGCCAUCAAUAACACAGCCUGAAAACGACAUUGGGUUACCAAAGGGCAAGAAAAAUGAGGUAAUCACACAAAAAAAUGGUACUGCGUUCCGAAGGUCACGCGACAUUCUUCUACCAGUGAGAAAGCAAGAAUCGAUACCAUUUAGACCCAUUUCCAAAAGCCUGCCACCAGAAAGCUCCCUACAUCAAACAUCACAGGUACCAGAAAUGAUAUUCCAAGAUCCGUUCACAAGACCAAAACCUCAGGCUAGUCCUGAUCUACAAAAACCCAAACAAUUAUCCAGUCCUGCUGCAAAGGAUUUAGAAGGACAGAUAUGGUACUUUGGUGCUUGUGAUCGUUAUAAAAUAGAGGAGGCUUUAAGAUUACACAAUAAGAAUGGCACUUUCCUGGUGAGAGAUAGUUCUAAAGGAUACCCUGAUAAGCCAUACGUGUUGGUGGUAUAUUACAGAUUUAAAGUUUACAGCAUUCAGAUACGAUAUCUAGAGGACACUAAUCAGUAUGCUUUGGGCAGUGGGCUCAGAGGACAUGACAUAUUUGAUUCAGUGCCUGAAAUUAUAAACAUCCAUAAAAAUAUUCCUUUGCGACUAAUUGAUCGAAGAGACCAAUCAGGAAGCCAAAUGGAACAAUGUACCCUGACUUUUCCACUGAUACUGCAUUAACAUAUUGAUAGCAUCAUAUGUUAAUGAUUUUUAUCCUUUAUUAUUAACAUUGUAUACCUAA